AUGAAUUUUAACGAAUUUUGUAGUUUCCUGGAAAAAAUAAAACAAACUAGUGCGCCCCGUGAGAAAUAUAAACUAAUCAGAACAGAAUUUUUAAAAAUCAUUGAAAAACAAAAACAUGAUCCAUCUAUUAACUUUUUUCAAAUUUUUAGACUGAUGUUACCCAGUCUAGAUCGUGAGCGAGAUUCUUAUCACAUGAAAGAAGCUAAAGUGGCUAGAAUUAUGGUAAAAAUGUUGGAUUUGCCAGCAGGAAAUGACAAAAAUGUUCUUACAAAAUCUUAUCUAAUGGCUGGACAGGCGACUGACUUUGGAGAUGUAGUUUAUUCCGUCAUACGGAAAUAUUUGUCCAAUUGUAAGACGUAUUUAACGAUACAGAAGCUUAAUGAAGGUUUAGAUAAAUUAACUACUAGAAAAAACGAACAAGAAGCAGAGAAUAUAUUGAUGAAUUUAUUUAAAAUGUGUUCACCUGAGCAUAUUCGAUGGAUUAUUAGGAUCAUUUUAAAAGAUUUAAAAUUAGGAGUUGGAUCAAAUACAAUUUUAAACUGUUAUCAUAAAGAUGGAGCUGCAUUUUAUGCAUCAAACAGUAGUUUACGUAAAGUAUGUGAGGUUCUUAAAGAUGAACAUGUUAAAUUGCAUGAAUUAGAGAUAGAAAUUUUUGAAGCAUUUCGACCUAUGCUGUCUAAAAAAGUAGAUGCUAGCAACUUUAAGAGGCUCUUUCCUGAAAACAAAUUAUUUUUUAUUGAAAAUAAAUUUGAUGGUGAAAGAUUUCAAUUACACAUGGAAGAUAAUGAAUUUCGAUAUUUCUCAAGAAAUGGAUUUGAUUAUACAGAACAUUUAGGAAAUUCAUAUAAUUCAGGAAUUCUAACACCAAAACUUAAAGGAAUUUUUAGACAGCAUGUAAAAAAAGUUAUUUUGGAUGGUGAACUCAUGAUGUACAACAAGUAUUCAAAGAAAUUUGGCUCCAAGGGUAUGGCUCUAGAUGUUAAAAAAUUAAAUAGCUCUGGUGCAUAUCAACCAUGUUUCUGUGUUUAUGAUAUUAUUUUAUUAAAUGAUAAAAUAUUAACAAACAAUCCUUUAAGGGAACGUUUAAAUAUUUUAAAAACUGUUUUUACUGGUUUUAAAGAAGGUACCAUUGAGCUAAGUGUAGCAAAAGAAGUAUCUUCGAGACAAGAAAUUGUUACUGAAUUAAAUGAAUCUGUUGAUAAGGAAGAAGAAGGAAUCAUUAUCAAGGAUCCGGACAGUAUUUAUAAGUAUAGUGAUAGAAAUAGUGGUUGGUUCAAAAUGAAGUUGGAAUAUUUUCAGGAUGUGAUGAAUGAUUUAGACCUUAUUCUAAUGGGAGGCGAUUUUGCCUCAUCCACUUCUGACACGCUGAAUUCAUUUAUCGUCGGUAUCCGUUCUGGAAACGGUCCCAACGGAAAACCUUUAUACAUUUCUUGUGGAAGAGUUAGUUCGGGAUUGAGCUAUGAAGAACUAUCGAUGCUCAACAAAAAAAUUAAAACACAAGGAAAUAAUUUCGACCAAUUUAAUUGUGAUAAUUUACAAUUUGCAAAGGAUGUUCCCCAUUAUUAUAUAGAACCAGAACAGUCUGUGGUAUUUCAAAUACGAGCAUCCGAGUUAACGAGAGAUAGCAAAUCUUUUAAAACUCAUUACACGCUUAGAUUUCCGAGGGUUUUAAAAAUAAGAGAUGAUAAACCUGUGGACGAGUGUCUCAAUAUCAACGAAUUUAUGGAUUUGACACAGAACAAUAAGGCAGUUAUCAAAUUAAAUAAAAGAAACAUCGAGUUAGACGAAAUAAUUCAAUCAAAAGUUAAACGCAUUAAGACAAAAGAAAUUAUAAUGCCAACAUUUUAUGACACUAAAAAAGUAUCUGAUAUAUUAGAAGGUUACACUAUUUUGGUACUUGACGGGAGAGAUGAUUUUGAAAAGGAAAAGGCUGAAAGUUUGGUAAAAAGAGCUGGAGGAACUGUUGGAUAUUUCGUAAAUGAAAAAACCGACAUCGUUCUAGCAUCGCAAAGAACACAGAACGUAAUAAACUUAAUAAAAAAGAGACCACAAUACGAUAUCAUAAAUUUAACGUGGUUGGAAAGAUUAAUAAAAGACGGCAACUUAUUGGGAUACGAACAUGAUGAUGUAUUUUAUAUAGGAUGGAGCUACAAAAAUCGAUUAGCAGAUGAAGUGGACAAAUAUGGUGAUAGUUUUACCGAGGAGACUACCGUUGAAAAACUUAAAAAUACUUUUCAGAUUAUAAACGAUAUGGGUGAUAGUUUUUUAACUAAUGGCACGAUCAAAAUUGAAGGACGAAAGUAUUUAGACCAAUACCACGCUUAUUUCGACAAAUUUUUCGAGCCGAUGAAUACCCAUUCCAACAUAAUUUACGACUGUUUUUUAGAUGAAAUCGAAUUUAAAUAUUGCGGAGGAAAAGUUUUCGAAACAGUUACGGAAGAUGUAAAUGUGAUCAUUUUUAAUGGAGAUAAUGAACGAAAAGAAAUUUUAGAACAAUUUUUAAAAAGUAUUAAUAGGGGUGAUAUUGAAAUACGCAAUAAUGAUUUAAUUUUUAACUAA